AUGGCAUUGAUGAUGACUGGCCGUGUGCUGCUGGUGUGUGCCCUCUGCGUGCUGUGGUGCGGUACUCCUGGAGUUGAUGCGACUAAUCACGAAAACAACGCAGUUGGUGUCUGCAUGACGUCAGGAGGGUUUGGAGGGAAAAUGUCUUAUUUGUCGAGCGGAUGUGAUAAAACUGAUGUCGGGCUGGCAAUGCGUUCUAUUUUGCCCAUCACUGCUGCAGAAGCCUCGGAUGACGAAGUCGUUUCUAAUACCGCUGACAUUAAUUCCCAGUCAAGUCAAAAUUCAAAUGCGGAUACUGCUGGUGGUGGUGGUUCUGGUGGAAGUGGAGGUAUUGUUAACAAUUUCGGUGACGACAGGGAAGGUGUUCGUGGUCAUUCGGAUUCUCGUUCCCAUGAUGAUUUGUCCUCAUCCUCUAUUCUCAACGAGGUUGUUGAUUCAAAUGCUCUCAGCGGUCCGAUACCUGCUAAGAGCAGGAAAUCCCCGGAAAAGGACCCGAAGUCAGAAGAAAUGUCUACAAGGCCUUUGUUGCCCGAAUUGGUGGUACAAGAGGAUACAAUAACCAAAGCACAUGACCAGUUGUCUCAUACAAUAGAAAAGGCAGGAAAUCAAGUUGUUGGUGGUGGUGCGGCUGGAGAAGGUGUAAAGCAGCGUGACAUGGGAACCACAGGUCCUUCCAGCAACCAACCUGCACCACCAGCACCACAAGAAAUAACACAAACGCCGGCCGAUCCACCAGGGAAGGGAGGUCUACCAGCGCCAACGGAAUCACGGAAUAAGAAAGAUCAACCGCUAGAAAACUUGCCGUUAACAACUAAAACGGAGUCCGAAGCACUGGAAACAUCUUUAGGGGAUCAACUGCCAGAACGAAAACGUCAUGAAGAAGCCCCAGCGGAUUUAAUGAAGGAUGCAGUUACCGACAACCCAGGAAAAACAACAGCAACAUCCAUCUCUACAAUUGACAGUGGAGAUGCCCACGAAAAGGAGGGCAAGGAUGAUGACACCGAUGAACGGCCUACCUCCAAAGAACACAACAGCAGCCCCGAAACUGGUAAUACCAACGAUGCUCCUACAGCCAGUGAGGCCGAACCACAAAGAGCAGAAACAACAGCCACCACCGUCGCCAAAAAAAAUGAUACGACGCCUGGUGAACGUGAGAGCAGCAACGCGGUCUCCCACACCACCUCCCCUCUUUUGCUUCUUCUUCUUGUUGCGUGUGCUGCUGCUGCUGCGGUGGUGGCCGCGUGA